CUUUAUUCGCUAUGAAAACACAUGCAUUAGUUAGCAACCCACAGCCAUGCUAUAAAAGUGAUUUUUUUUCAAUGAAAGAUUAAACUGAAUGGUUAAACUUUGUUGCAGACAGAAGAACUUUACAACGACGAUACUCUUCAUAUUAUUAACGUCCAGAAGAUCAUAAAAAUUAUACAAGAAGCUUCUGCUACAAAAAAGAGCAAAGAAUCUUGUAAAAAGACGAAAACAAAUUUCAGAUGUUUAGCUAUGGAGUAGCCAUGUUGUUUGUUGUUGUUUUCUUCGAAACGACCUACAAUGUGGCAUGUUUAGCUCAUUUGGGAAAUGGAUCAGUUAAAGGCGGGAAAACGCCUGUGAAAGAAAAAGCCAGCGGAUUCUGCCAACGCCAUCCAAAACAAUGUGAGAUUAUAAAACGACGCUUUAAACUGCGUGACGAACAAUCUUCUCGCAGUAGCUACCUCACAAGUCAAUUAAAUCAAUUUCAAGCAGAUGAAUAUCACCCCGCACUUGAUUAUCAAAAACGUUAUAAUGGUUUUUCUAACAGUGGAAACAAAUUUAAAAUCAGUCAGUUAAAGAAUAACAAUAGAAAUAUUUUAAAAGAAGUAUUCACUCCUAGAUUGGACAGAAAAUAUGCGAUAUUAAAAAGAAUUCGUGAUAUUAUGAAUGAUGAUGUUAUAUUCCCGAGUACCGACGACAAACGAAGUAACACCGAAAACAGACGGAAAGUACUCGCGUUAUUAAUAACCGUAUUUAGAAAUAACGACUAUUCACAUUCAAAGCAAACUGUGGACAAAUUAUUAAAAGAUUUCAAAUUUGCCUAAUUCAAUUUUAGUUCUGUUAUAAAAAUUAUAAAAAUUGUAUUUAUUUAUUUAUACUGAUUUAGAAUUUAGAUAAUUAUGUUUUCUAGAUUAUCAUUUAUCUUUCCACCAAACGCUAAAGCAAGAGAAUUACUGGAAAGACAGAAGUUUAAAUA